AUGGUCCUUGCCGCCUCCCAAAACAGUCGCUGUAAGGAAGCUAUCCGGCUCGUCGGGCUCUCCGGCCCCUGCGGUGAUCGUCUAGCUACAGCGCUUGGCGUAGCCCGUGUCUCGGCCAUCGCGAUAUACGAUGAUACCGCCCCGGCCCGAGCUUUAGUAGACUACCAUGCCACCCACCUCCUAGCUGGGGAUGGGCGCGCUCCAAGGCAAGACUAUCUCCUCAAGCUCACAGAGAAGGAGCCCUCAAAGCCCAAGAGCACCAGCAGAUGGAGGCCGCUCGGCAGCUACAAAGUCAGUAUAAAGGAGCUAAGAGAAGCCAUUCUACUUCCCAAGCUGGCGGCGGCCCUGCUCACCGAGGUGGUGGUAGCCAUCCUCACUCAAGGACACAAGGUGAAGCCCGAGGUCGUCGACUGGCUGAAUUACAAGGAUGAGACUGCAUCAGCGAAACCGGGAGAAAGCAGUGUCACUGCCCGCGACACAAAACCACAGAAAGAUACCAAGCCUCAAGAUGAGUAUGAAGUCCAGUCCAAACAAGAGGUCGCUGCCGUUGAGAGUUGCGACCCAGAGAAAGCUGACGACGGCACCAAAAUCCCUUCGAAGGCCAGUCAAGACCUGGCCGCUGCUUCAAAACCAACCAAAAUUGCCACAACCAAGAUAAGCGAGAGGAUUUCCCAUGUCGGCCAGGAGGGGCCCCUCGCAACAAAGAUCCCGGGCCAGGUUGUCGCCAGCAACGAAGAGAAGGAGAAUGAUAUCCCCUGA